AUGGCCCCGGCACCGACGACGACGACGACGUACGGCGUGACCCCGCCCGACCCGUCCUCCCUGUCCUUCCGCCACCCGUCUGUCCGCCGGCCUGUGGCCCCCAUACCGCUGCUUGCACACUCUGAGUUCUCGCGGAUGCACCUCCAGCACGCCACAGCACACCCCCCAGACUCUGUCCUGUUCCCCUUCCUGCAUGGCCUCGAGGGCAACAACGAGCCCCAGUGUUCAUUCUUCGCUUCAACUCCGUCCACUGCUGCUUCGGCCGCAGCUGGCCUCGUCCAGGACCCUUCAGGUCGCGCCAUAUGCCCACCCAGAUACAGGGGUCUUGUGUGGGUGCUGUGUGAUGAGGACGUCGACGGGGAACUCCCCCAGCUCGCAACUGCACCCACUCGCUGGGAGGACGACCUUGUCUGCGACGACAGCGACUCGUCUGAAUACUCUACAGACCAGCCAGACAUAGAUAGAGACGUCGAGUUCGACGAUCUCGCCAAUGACGCUCCUCCGUCCCAUCCUGUCCCUUGUCCAAUGGACAUGGACCCGCCCCCGCAGCAGGAACCCCACAUGCAUCCCCUUGCACUCCGCAUACCAACGUCCAACCACGCUCACCAUCUCCCACACGACCGUCGUCACUCCAAUGCCUCGUCCUCAGACUCAACCUCCACUGACGCGUCCGCUUCCUCGUCACUAGCUAACUCAGACUCUGAUUCCACCGCCGCGACCUCACUCGCGUCUCCACCCUGCUAUUCCAGUUCACAUGCAGCAUACCAAGAACAAUCUCAGUCCAUCUUGGGGAUACACGAUAGUGGUGUCGCGUUCGUCCAAUCAGCGCCGCAGCAUGCAGCAGACCCUCACAAACGCCCUACCAUCCUUACGUCCACUUUCGUCCCGUCUCAACUCAUCCAGCCCUCAUCAUGCGACCCGCUCUUCCCCCCAAUUGAUGAUUGGGAAGAAUCUAUCAACUGGGAGUUCAAGCCCGUCGUCGUCCCUGAUGGCAUCAGUCUCCGCAACUUCGGAAUCCAAGUGCCUCUCUAUCCAACGAUCUCGGACAUUGUGAUUUACUCACCACGCGGCGCAUCUCCUGCUGCCUUGCGCCUCGCUGCGCGCUUCAGACGUGCCGUGGAAAAAAAGCUCGCGGAGAGACUAGACAGGUGGGCUCAUGCGCGAGGAGAGACCCCACGUACGGAACGCGCACUCGAUGAACAUCCCCACAUAACACCAGAAGGAUUUCUCAAGUAUGAGAUGGCGAGUGCGACGGAUCAUGCGCAGGCGACAUUGUCUCCACCACCGGAGGCUGCUGCGCUGAUUCAGGGUGUCCAGGAAGAUCGCCAUCACCUGCAUCGCUGCAAACACGCCAAUACCAUCGACUUUGCGCAACGUGAAAAGGAAGAGAUGAGAGAUUUGACAAGGGCCUCUGAGAUCAUCACACUACAGAAUGACCGAGACGAAUCCCACCAUACACACGCCUCCGGGAGCACUACGAAUACCUACUGGGAUCCCCAUGCCGGCCAGGUCUUUCUUGUAAGGUCCCACAUCAAACAUGUGUCUCCUUAUCUCUCACCACGUCACGGCCCCCUUCCAACAGAAGAACCGAUAGAGAAGCCGUCACCUUUUGACAGUGAUGCAAAUUCCCCCGCAUUGGGGAGAGGGUUUGACAUUUGCAUCGAGUGUCACGAGUGUGCACCACUUCCAGGCGUGCCGCACCUCCAUGCGGCAGAGCAACAUAUUCGGGCGUUGGAGAUGGAGUGGGUGGAGCGUUGCCAGCGGGACAAGGACGGUGAUUGGAUGGACGCAGAUGAACCCUGCAUUCCACCUAGGCCACCUCCACACCCAUCAGCGAUGGUCCACUUACCGUUCCCAAGCUCGCAGCAGGCUAUGCCUUCAAUCUUAAAUGCUCUUUUCCCGUUGAUUAGCUGGAAGAGUGCCGCGGACACCUGCAAAAGGACCCCACUACCUGCAAACGGGAAUGGACGUGGCUCGUACGGGGCACGAGAUCCGGCGCCAUUGUACAAUGCAAGACCGCUGAAGGUCCUCUUGUACUCAAGCGAUGGGUACACGGAGUCGUCUGCCCCUGCACUUUGUUUACUUAUGGUGGUGAAAGGACUGAGUCUCCCAGAAGCAUAUUUGGAGCUGCAGAUGGAGGUAGGCUUGCUCAAGAAGGUUGAAGCGCGACUCGGCGCGGGGAACGGUCAAGGCCGGCCCAGGUGCUACACGUACGGAUCUCGAGAUAUGUCCAGAGGGCUGGUCGCCCCUUCGGGACAUUCAGCGACUGAAAUCUCUGCUGGUUCCGAGAUGAGACCAGCAGUCCAACCGCGGACGUUGAGACGACCGAGGGCGAGCACGUUGCCGGCGUUCAUUCCAGAUCAUCAGAGCUGGUUUGACGAUGCGAGGUUCGAUGGGAGUUUUCCAAGCCGGGUGCUUCCAUUUUUGUAUCUCGGGAAUCUGAAUCACGCGUCGAAUGCCUAUAUGCUGCAUGCGCUGGGUAUCACCCAUGUUGUGUCGGUCGGCGAAUGUGCGCUAGUGCCACCACCGCAAACGGACACCAUCGAUGGUGACGCUGCUCCGACUUUCCUGCCGUAUAACCUCGAUGAGUCGACUUCUGGGCAGGGUCCCGGCGGGCAAGGCUCCCUCUGGAUAGAGGAGAGGGAAGGCAGGAUCAAAGUUCUGGAUAUUAAGGGUGUCUGCGACGAUGGAAUCGACACGCUAGAGCACCAGCUGCAUCCGGUCUGUUCCUGGAUUGAGAAGGCACGUCAAUCGGGUGGCCAAGUCCUCGUCCACUGUCGGGUGGGAGUAUCGCGGAGCGCGACGGUGACGAUCGCAUACAUGAUGCAGCACCUUGGGCUCAGUCUCGUAGAGUCAUAUCUGGUCGUGCGGAGCCGACGACUGUCGGUACUGAUCCAGCCUAAUAUGAGACUGCUGUACAACUUGCUCGGGUGGGAGGUGAGGUUGGCGAGGGAGCGAGCUGGUGGAGAUGAGAGGAAGUUGAGGGAAGAACUUAGGAAGGCAUUGAGCUGGCCGUACCUUGCAAGGGAGGUGCAUGCGCUCAAUGAGAAGUAUCUCAGUUGA